UAAUAGAGGUCACCACCUGAAAACGUUGCUGUGCUCUCUUGGGCUGCCACACUCCAGGAAAGAGGAGCUGGAAAGCUGGACACCGGCUGUGGGAAGUUCUGGGGCCUGGAGGCCAUUUUGGUUCUGCAGGAAGUGUUGUUGAGAUAGGUCAGGGCUGGAACCCUCCCAGAACAAAUCUGCACUCUUCCAAAUGAAGCGACGUUGUGCUCCUGUGCACCAGCAGAGCCACCAUGUGCACAGGAAAGUGUUCAAGGUGCAUUGGGAUCACCCUGUUCCCGCUGGCUGCAUGUGCUAUCGUCUCCAACAUCCUCCUGUAUUUCCCCAAUGGACAAGUUCUGCAGCUCAGUGAGAUAACCGAUCUGGUGUGGUUUUUCCAAGGCAUUCUGGGAGCUGGAAUACUGGUUAUUUUGCCAGCAUUCAUGAUGCUGGGAGCAGGCGGAGCAGGAUGUUGCGCUAACAGAUGUGGGAUGCUGCUGUCAGUGCUUCUGGCUCUGCUGGGGUUUGCAGGAGGAGUGUACUGUGCAGUCCUCUCCUCAAUGGGGCUGAUUGGGGGCCCUCUGUGUGACACAGGUGAUGGAGAAUACCUCUAUCCUUUCAGAAACAACACUCUAGAAUACAAUUAUUUGUUCAACCAGACAACAUGGAAUAUUUGCAAAGAACCUGAAAACAUCAUCCUUUGGAACAUUGUCCUUUUCUCUAUUCUCCUGGCCAUUGGUGUGAUUGAAGCAAUUCUUUGCUUAAUUCAAGUCACCAAUGGACUCAUUGGCUUCGUGUGUGGCACAUGUAUGAGGAGAAGAAAGACAAACAUUUCAGGAAUGUGAACCACAUGCAGGGGGUAUCAAGACAUGCCUUGAGCUGCAAAGUCACAUGUUACAAAAAUAACGCAUUGUGCUGUAUUUAUGGGGGGAAACAAAGAAACCAGCAAAUGUUCAGCAGUGUCAGGGGGGUAAAACUGAUCUUUUAAAUGAAGAAAUCAUGGUUGAAAAUGGAUACGUCAUUUACAUCUGAGACUUUGGAUUUUCAUCUCUGUAAAUACUCCUGCUGAAACUCAGGUAGUGCCAAAAACACAAAUCUGUCUGGUCUGGUCUGCUAUGUUUAUGUAUAACCUGAGGUCCCCAAAUGGAAGCUCACCAUUUGUCCUCUUGUGUUCAUGAGAAACCAAAUCACUGACAAUGUGUGCAUUUAUCAGCUGCACAAAACAGGAUGUAAAUAGCUCUGCUUGGAUGUAAAUAGCUUCCUGUCUCCCCCAGACUUACCUUGAGCUCACACGUAUCUUCCUCUUACCUUGCUACCCAGGAUCCCAGUUUUACUUUAGGAUCUACAGAGAAUAUAUUGAGCUGCACCCACAGCACUGCAGAGUCAAAUGAAACACACAGACUUCAGCAUCCUUCAGCCACUCUGGAUACAAAUCCCUUUCUUGUUUGCUAUCUUUCUGUCACCAAAGCCCAAUUCUUCAGGAGCAUCUGAUACAUACAGUAGCCCCAGAAGAGCAUUUUGGUCAAUGUAGACCAUAGAUUUUGGAGCAAGAGUUUAACUAAGUGCAAAGGAGAACCUCAGCAUCAAUUUUGCCCUCACAAGAUUGUGUAGAAGCCUCACUAAAUUCCGCACAGCUUUGUAGGGCUGUUCUAGAAUAGAUCACAUGCACGAGCAAUUAACUGCUGAAGAAAAACAUUAAAUCAAUAAGGCGAGUAAUUACACACAGCUCAGUAACAAAUCAGAGAUAUAAUCUGAAAGGCAGCAAAUUGCAUAAGUCUUAGUGUUACAGCAACAGUAAUCCCAAGGAGGAUCUGCGCAAUUCUCCAUCAUCAUUCACAGUCAAACCCAUCAUGCCAAAGCCCAUGACUGGCAAGUUUCAGAAUCCCCAUCGCGUCGCUGACUUCCUCAAAGGCUAAUUCUUGGCCAUGCCUCUGACUUCCUUGAGUCAGGCAAGCUGUAAGAACAUUGUUAUCCAUCCUGAAUGCAAGUAGAGAGCUAUGAAAACCUUCUUUGCACACCCAGACCUUCCACACACACACACGGCCAUACGUGCCAUCCUCUAAUGCAGCACAUGAACCCGCUGCAAAAGCUGGUGAAGGAAAUGUCAGUUGUGCUAAGAAGAGGAGCACACAGACACUUCCUUAACGUAUAACUUCACCCCUGAAAGCAAGGAGCCUGGCCUAUGAAGCUUAAAAUAUCUGUUGUAAAGUGAGUUUAAGGCUUGUUGAGGUUUGCCAGUGUGACAUAGGUGCAUCCAAACUUGCGAAGUUGGCCUAAAAUUUGAUGUGCACUGUGAGCAGCAAAGCCUGGACAAUACUGCCAUAAAAAAAA